AUGGAUCACGGGAAGGUGAGAGCGGUGGUGGAUUGGGCCCAGCCUACAUCCAGAGUGCAGCUGCAACGUUUCCUGGGAUUUUCCAACUUUUAUCGUCGCUUUAUCUGGGGUUACAGCACCCUGGCUUCCCUCCUGUCUGCACUCACCUCUCACAAGGUUCAGUUCACGUGGUCCCCAGCUGCUGACCUGGCGUUCCGAGACCUCAAGCACCGCUUCACCACUGCUCCCAUAUUGGUUCAUCCUGACCCGUCCCUGACAGCAACCCUCAUUGAGAAAGUUGGUGAAGUUGAGUUGGACUAUAAUAUUCCAUUUGAAGCCAUACAUUACCUAAAGUUCCAUGUGCUAAAUUUAACCCACCCCAUCUCCAGGGUGUUAAAUGUAACAGAGAUGAACAUUACUACUGCAUGCUACCCAAACAACACAUGCAGAUGUGAGGAUCAGUAUGGUUGGUCAUGUGACCAGUGUCUCUCUUAUGGGUCCUGUGACAACAUCACUGAUGACUCCUGUGGAUGUAUCAAAGCCAUUCCUCCUUAUGGACCGUUUUGUCAGCCAAUCACAAAUCUGACGGCUUGUCCAACACCAUCUCCAACACCAGAAAACACACUCAACCUUCAAUUUACUAUGGCUAUCACAUUUGACUCUAACUUCAAUGAUGAAAAUAAUGCAAUGUUCAAAGAUAUUGAUCAAACUAUCAAAGUCAUAUAUAAGAGAAACAUGCAAGGCUUCAUAUCAGCAAAGUUAAAUAGGUUAAAGAGUGGAAGUGUUAUUGCAGAUUUUACUGUUAUGACAACAAUUGUCAAUAAUGUGGAAAUUGCAAAAGCAAAAGAGGAUAUUGUCUCAGCACUUGGAGAAAAAUAUAAUAUAAGGUUUACCUGCUUGAAUAAUACAAUCUUUGGCAAUGGACAAGUUAAUGAGAAAGUUGUAGCUGACUGCAAAUUGGAUGAAGUGGGUCAAAAGACUGCUACUUGUCAAGAAAAUGGAAAUUUUUCAAAUCUGGAGAAUAACUGUGUCUUAAAAGAAAUUGAAACCCUGUUUUUAUUAUCUCAGGAUUUAGUGGGGACUGAUCUUCCAGUCUUUUUGGAAAGACUCCGCAACAGCACUUUUAACCUCCGAGGUAGAAUAGUUGCAUCACCUGCAACUAUUUCUACUAUUGUUAAUAUUCUAACAAAUGUUGCAAAUGUGUCCCAAAGUACCCCAAUAAACAAACCAUUAAUGAAGAAUUUCCUGGACACGGCAGGUGUACUUACUUCCAAUGAAGCAAAAGCCUCCUGGGGUGUUCUAAACAAAAACGAAAGCUCAGCCUUUCUGGGAACCAUUGAAACAAUUUCCAAUUUCCUUACCGAUGACUUUUUUGACAUAGAAACGCAAGGCAUUAAUUUAAACAAAACCACAGUCAACAACUCAGUCAACAACUUAUUCAAUUUAAACUCGUCUGUUCUGAUAGACAUACCAGCAUCUGAAGCUUCCUUCAAUUCAAUCACCAUAAUAACAUUUGACUCCUUGAAUAAUGUUUUACCUGCCAGAAACAGCAGCAGUCGGAACAACAUUGUCAACACCAUCAACGGAAAAGUGGUUCUGGUGAAGGUGAAUGGCACAAUCAAGAAUGUGACUUUCAGUUUUGACGUACUGGACAAGACACUGGCCAAUCCUCAGUGUGUUUUCUGGAACUUCAACCUUGUUGGCGGCCUUGGAGGAUGGGAUGAUAAAGGAUGUGAACUGCAGUCUGUUAAGAAUUGCACUGUCACCUGUCACUGUAAUCAUCUCACCUCCUACUCCAUUUUGAUGUCGCCUGUCAUUCCACUUGUGUUAAGAGACGCUUUGGAUUUUAUCACUUACAUUGGAGUUGGCAUAUCAAUGGGUUGCUUGGUCGUGUGUCUCAUCAUUGAGAUGUUGGUAUGGAAGGCUGUGACUGGAAACAACACAUCUUACAUGCGUCAUGUCUCUAUAGUGAACAUCGUCUUUUCCCUUCUGAUUGCUGACAUUUGGUUCAUUAUUGGUGCAGCAAUUUCCGACAAUGAAAAAAAAGAUCUACCUGCGUGUCCCACAGCAACAUUUUUCAUCCACUUUUUCUACCUGGCUCUGUUUUUCUGGAUGUUGGUCUCAGGCCUUUUGCUGCUCUACCGGACUGUCAUGGUUUUCUCUCACAUGUCUAAAGCAGCAAUGUUGGCCAUCAGUUUUUCUUUGGGCUAUGGAGCUCCCCUCAUCAUUGCUGUCAUAACUAUCGCAGUGACAGCCCCAGGGAAACAAUACAUUAGAGGGAAUGAUGGGGUUUGCUGGCUCAAAUGGACAGAGUCAAGGGCCCUUCUGGCUUUUGUGAUCCCUGCCCUGACCAUAGUGGUCAUCAACCUUUUGAUCCUGAUUGUGGUUCUGUUCAAAAUGCUGAGGAGAGGUGUGGGGGAUGUUACCCAGCCAGAUGAGAGAAAUGCUUUGGUGGUCAUCGCCAGGUGUCUGGCCAUUCUGACUCCCUUCUUUGGUACUACCUGGGGACUAGGAGUAGGAACCAUGACUACACCAAACAAUCUAGGAAUCCAUAUUGUGUUUGCGAUCUUCAAUUCCUUACAGGGUUUGUUCAUCUUGGUAUUUGGAACACUUUUGGACAAAAAGGUAUGUUCCUGA